GUACACAAAUAUGGCGGACUUUGGAUGAACCUUCGCGAAAUUCCUUGACUCUUUUUAGACUAGAGCAAAUGGAAAUCGCUGAAUUUGAGCUGCGUCUGUUAUUUGAAGGAAAGAAAAAAAUACUGGAAAAUUGCUAAUAGAAGAAAAUGAUAAACAUUACGUGGAGAACUUUGCAAAAUGUCAAAUCAACCUGCUGAAGUAGCCUUUUCGCAGCCGAAACUUCCAGCCAUCAGUGAGUCAAGAAACUUGGUCUCGCAACCUGUAGUCACGACUUCUGAAGUUUUGAACGAUGCUAAAGAUCCAGAGAGGCCUACUUUGUCUCGGCUUAAAAGCAACGGCGAAUUAGAAAAUGACGAUGUACGGAUUUUGCUUCAACAGGUUUCACGGAGUUUUGUUAGUGCAUUGCAACAGAAUACGAAGCAGUCUUGGUGUCAUCUCAGUGACGUGCUGGAGAUUGUUAAGCCAUAUGCGCACUUUCUGACUGGAGCUCCAGAAAUAAGUCAUUAUGUUGAACGUGCUUGCCUAAAAAUCAAAGAGGGAGAUAAUCAAUUCAGUUUUGUGGAAGAGAAAUUGCAGUCUGUCUUUCCUGCCGAAUUUUCUCUCUUACACGAGGGUAAAAGACCACUCAAUAUUCCAUUUCCGCCUGAAUCUUCAACAGAAAGCCUUUUCACCCCAAGGGGCCGUCACUCUCCAUUGUCUAAGGGGGUGAAAGUCCCCCGUGGGGAGCACAUAUUUCCUUGGGGGAACACGUUCAUCUUUGAUCAUUCAGAUGGAGAUGUAAAGAGCUAUGGGCCUAGGCCAUUGUGUCUGGAAGACCUUAAACGGUCUCUUCCUGGAGUAGUGCGGGAGAUAGCUAUCAGGGAAGCAACUUUAGGUGGUUCCCUGGGGACAACUGUAUUAGCCCUUGACAUUGAUCUGCCACAAACAAGGGUGCCAACUCCACCAACUACUCCAAGAAGGUCACCGAGUCUGCCUAUCAUUAGAACUGUACCAGUGUCAGAGCCAGGCAAGAGUGCCCAACACAGUGAGACAAAGAAGGGGAUCUUGCCAAAGACUGGCAGAGAGGUAGUGGAAAGUUUUGUGAAGGGACGUUUCUUAGGUGAAGUAAAGUUUGCAUUCCUGAAUGUUGUACCCUCAGUACGCUAUGAUCCAUAUAACCUUGUGGUUGUACCUGAGGAAAAGGUGAAUCCUGAACAUUAUGUGAUUUCAUCACAUUGCAUUUUGCACGUGAAUCCCAAUGGUCCAUCAGAGUCGCAGUCACUGGCAGAAUGGUACAGGGAAGCGUGCUUGUUCAAAGCAAUAUCAAACAUUGGCUUUUACAAGAACUUUCUUGUGGCCAAAAUGUUCAGGAAGUGGAAGGACAUAAAGAAAUUCAGUCAGUUUCUUAAGGUGGAGGCAGAGAUCGAGAAAUCUCUCAUUUCAAAUGUUCCCAGUUUUGGAUCUGCUUUACUUCGGAUUUCAAACCUUCUUCAAGACCUGCAAAAGGUAACAUUCCUCCCAUUUGAUGUCAGUUUCUCUUACACCCUGGAGGAGUUUGAGGACAUCAUUUUUAGAACUUGUGACACAGGCUACAGAUACAUGGAGAAGUUUUUCAACUACUGCCAGAUGAUUGUUGACAAAACACAAGAGAGUUGCUUUGAGUAUCUGGAAUACUGUGAAGGGCAGGUGAAGAACCAUCGUCAUAACUACCAAGAAUCCUUGGCAGUUGCUAAGAAGAAGAGGGCGAUUAGGCAACGUAAUCUGAAGCUUGCUCGAGAUGAAGUCAAAAGACUUGGUACCUUUGUACGUCUGGUCGAUCACAUUAUUGUCUCAAAUCUCUUGACAUUAGUUCAGGGGAACAUUUCCAGGUUUGUGGAUGAAAUGAUGCCUGGCCCGCGACCUGAGAGAGAUGGACUUUUCUCGGCUGAUAUCGUCUUCGGAGAUGAUCACAAGCUUACCCUAUCACCGUCCAUCAAGCAGUUUGCUCAUGCUGUUGGCAUCGCCGUGGGAAAUGUCAUUAGUGCUAGCUGUAAUCUUUCACAUGCCAUGGAACUGGGAAGCAAAGCGCAACAGUUCCAGGAGAAAACAGCAGAUGAAGUGGAUGAGAAAGCAAGUGAUGAGAAGUUAAGUGAUUUUGCACUCCAAAGUGAUUACAACAAAGAGAAAAAAGCGGUUGGUGAUAUUGAGAGGUUUAUAUAUGGUACUGGGAAACACUCUGAAAUAUUGGUUACCAGGAGACAGCAUCACGUGUUGAGUGCGGCACCUAUGACACCACGUGGAGAAAAAUCAGACUCUAGCCCGGGUUCUAGUACGGUAACACGUACAGAUGAUGAGAUAAAUGAAGACUUGGGUGGUUUGGAUUCUGAACUAAUGAGUGGAAGAGACAUGACAAGGCAGGCCACUCUGGACUUGUGUUUUCGGCAAGAGCGUGAUGGGGGCUUGAUGGUGGAAGGACAGCGUUUCCAGGAUUUUACAAUUGACAGGAGUCCGCUGACCAAGGAGAAACUGAUGAAUAUCAUGCACAAGAAUAAGCAGAUAAAAGGAGCUAUCAAGCGGCAGGAAAAUUUGCUUUCAGAAGCUGCUAAAGAAGUGGAAGAGUUUUGUGAAGAGUACAGUUGGGUGGCUAAUAUUCAGGCAUUUAUUUCCUCUUGGGGCAGUGGAGAAAUGCAUGCCUGGAGAGGUCAACCAACACAAAAAAUUGAGCAACAACUAAAUCAGAUUAGGACUUGGAGAGAGCAGGUGUCCAGUAUCACAAAGAGUUUCUGUACAGAGAAUGGGAUAUUCUUUGUUGACUGUCAUGAGGUUCAACAUUGGAUCCUUCCAAAAUUGAACAACAUCUUUAAACAGCUAGUGCAGAUGGUGGUGUUAGAUGUCAUUCGACUUUCUGACGAGGAGGUCAAAGAUGUGGAGCAGUUAUCUGAGCUUCUGAAAGACCAGAAGACAGACAUCAAGGGUUUUGCUGAUUUCAUGCAAAGGCUGUCAAGGGUCAAAGAGCAUGUGCCAAGCUUGAAAGAGAAAGUGGAGUACAUAAAGAAUCUUUAUGAGGUGAUAAGAAGCUGCUACAGACAACUCACUCCUGAAGAGGAAAUGACAGAGGAAAAGGUGUGGGCAACCUGGGAAGGUUUCUUGUUUGGUCUUCAGGAAGCAUCAGACUUCGUGGAAGUCCACAAACCAGUAGUCACUGAGAAAUUGCUGGAGACAAUCAGCACUUUGGAACAAUCUGCAGAAGAAAUUGGCAACACAGCUACAUCAGGACAAUUUCUAGAUCCAAAUGAGAAUCCAUCAACCAUCCUCCAAUCUAUGAGAGAGCUUAGGGAGAAAUUUAUCAACAUUCGCUCCAAGCUGUCAGAGCUCAGUGAAUGCCAGGCUAUCAUACUGGGGAACCAGUAUGACUUGCAACAUGUCACUGACAUCCUUCGUGCCAUCGACAAGAGGCAAGAGCUGUGGAAGUAUUGUGAUGUGUCAUCACAUACUAUUCGGGAGUGGCUGCAGACAGUCUUUAAAAAGAUGAAUGUCAAGAAAGCAAUGGACAAACUUACAGAAUGGAACAAUGUUGGAAACAAACUCAGACAUCAUAUUCCUGAAAAUGAUGAAGUGCUGCAUUCCUGGCUGUCUCAACUGGAAGAGUUUUCACAAGACUUACCGUUCCUACUCCAACUCUCCAGUGACGCUCUUAAGCCACGGCACUGGAGGGCUCUGUUUAUAGGGAUGGGCCAAGACUACGACCCUUCCUGGGAAUUCACAGUUGCAGAUCUUCUUUCAUUCAAUCUUGGUCGGUACAAGGAUCUGAUAGCAUCCAUCUGUGCUGGGGCUGCAGCUGAAUAUGCCUUGGAACUUGAGCUUAACCGCCUGGCUUGGGCAUGGCAGGAGAAAGACUUCAAACUUGCCAAACACAUUCCACUGAUGAGACCAAGACUGGGUGGUGAGAGGAUAAAAAGUGCAAAAGGAAAAGGGAAAAACAGACAGGCAGGGGCUGAGAAGGCAAAUCUGAAGGCAAAACCAAAGACUCCAGCCUCGGUACCUGACAUGUUCAUUCUCAUCGGUGUGGGUGAACUGAAGUGCAUCAUUGAGGACAAUCUGGUCACCUUGAACGUCAUGUUGACGUCACCUCAUGUAGCAGAUUUGAAACCAUUGGUGGAGACUUGGAUAACUAAUUUACAGGAAGUAGAAAACAUCACUGACAUCUGGGCAGACUGCCAGAAAAAGUGGCUCUAUCUCGGUAACGUUUUUGCUGAGCCAGAAUUAAGGACGUCCUUGGGGGACAGCACUCAAAGGUUCACUGAUGUUGAUGAAAAAUACAGGGAAUUUGUUCAAGUGAUUCUCAGGGAUCCCAAAGUCCUGUCUGUGCUGCCAUUAAAGAAAAGAGGAGAGAAAGGUUGGCGUGAUCUACAAGGUGUCUCCCUCAGGGAACGGUUGUUGGAGUUGAUUAGAAAGGAGGAGGAGUUGAUCAGAACGGUUGAAGAAUACAUUGAGAAGACCCGUGUGGCGUUUCCACGUCUCUUCUUUCUCAGCGACAAUGAUCUCCUCAGUCUACUUGCUUGGUCUCGUAAUCCCAAAGAUUUGCUGCCCUUUGUUAGAAAGUGCUUUCCUGGGAUAAAGAACCUUCAGUUUGCCUUACCAAGGGAUGGUAAUUUGAGGUUGGCUUCUUCACUGGAUACAGCACUCAAUGCCCAUCUUCUACAAGUAACUGCCAUUGAGGGCUUGUUAGAAGAAGUAGUUCCUCUAUUGUCUGUGAUCCCUGCAUCACCUCGACCACAAAACUGGCUCGUCACGUUAGAAGAGAAAAUGAGGAAUACUCUAGUGCAGUGUCUCGCUGAAUGUGUGGAAAGAAGGCUUCAUGGGAGAGAGAGUCCUAGUAAACUAUUGGAACUUAUGACCACUCUUGGUGAGAACCUAGUUUUAUUUGUUGUUUAAUUAGCGAAAUCAUCCGUAUCUUGAGAAGGUUAAGCUCUCAGUGUUUUUUUGUGAGUGGCAUUGUGUUACAGUAAUGACAAUCUUUGACUGUCAUCGAAAACUGCC